AUGGGCUCUCAUUCGAUCGAAUCACUCUUUUCUGAGCUUGACGAUAUUCCUCUGGAUCCCCACUAUGCCCUCAAAGAGGACUUUUCGGCCGAUCCUUCCCCCUCAAAAGUGAUUUUAGGAUCGGGUAUCUACCGGGACAAGAAUGGGAAGCCAUGGGUAUUGCCGGCAGUGAAAGAAGCGGAGGAGAUAGUCAAGACUUCAGAAGACUCCGGUCGCUAUGACUAUCUUCCUAUUCCCGGAUACACACCAUUCUACACCGCAGCACGAGACCUCUUAUUUGGGGCCCUCAGCUCGCUAGAAGACAAUUUCGUCUCCGUACAAACGAUAUCUGGGACAGGUGCCAAUUCACUUGGUGCACACUUUUUAUCUGAAGCCCUCAAGCCAUCUGCCGUAUGGCUAUCCAACCCGAGCUGGGUGAACCAUGCAAACAUUUGGAAAUCGGUCGGGGUCACGGUCAGGUCCUACCCAUAUUGGAACCCAGAAAGAAAGGCAUUGGACUUAAAAGAUAUGAUUCAGACAAUUUCCCAAGAGGCUACUCCUGGAGAUGUGAUCGUACUUCAUGGCUGUGCUCAUAACCCCACUGGACUUGACCCGACAAAGGAGCAAUGGAGGAUGAUCGCAAACGUGUGUGAAAGCAGAGGAUUGUUCCCUUUCUUUGACUGUGCCUAUCAAGGAUUUGCUUCGGGGAACUUAGAUGAAGACGCGUGGGCCUUGAGACAUUUUGCAUCCCGUGGAAGCAUGGAGCUCGCAGUGGCACAGUCCUUCUCUAAGAAUAUGGGUCUCUAUGGAGAGCGCGUCGGGGCUCUGCAUUUUCUUACGGCUUCGCCAGAUGCAGCAGGCAAAGUCAAAGGACAUCUAUCACGUCUCCAGCGAGGACUUAUCUCCCAACCACCCAAACGAGGAGCAAGAAUCGCGGCGACAAUUCUCAAAGAUAAUACACUGUUCCAAAAAUGGUUGGCGGAUCUUUGCGAGAUGAGCUCUAGGAUCAAAUGUAUGCGACAGGCGUUGUACGACGAGUUGAUUUCUUUGGGAACGCCCGGAAACUGGGAUCAUAUAUUGACUCAAAUUGGAAUGUUUUCAUAUACAGGUCUCAGCCCUGAGCAAGUAUCAUGCAUGCGGACUGAUGGUCAUGUUUACAUCUUGAGCUCGGGGCGGAUCUCAGUUGCAGGCCUCAAUAAUGCAAAUGUGAAACACGUGGCCCAGGCAAUCGACAAAGCAUGCAGGAAGGAAAUGAUCUGA